ACUCAGUGCAGGCCCCAGUGCCGGAUAGAUAGGGAGGGUAGUGUCGGGCGGUUUCCGACGUGAAAACUGUGCCAAAUCUUUAUGCGGAUCACAUUAGCGAAUUCCUUACCCGAUCCGCCGAGACUCGGGGUAAGAACGACCGCCACCGGGGCUGAGGUCCAUCAGGGCGCCCGUGAUAAAUAAGCGACUGGUAGACAAAGACCCCAGCAAAGAAGAACGGCAGUGAUAGCGGUGAAGUACAUUGACAGAAAGAUUAUAAGCACAGAAAUCUGUUUAUUUUCAACGGAGAAACUCAUUUAAUUACAUUCCCUGGAGAGCAUCAUUGGUGGACUUCUUUUUGGGAAUAUCAUCGAAGCGAAGAACAGCAUUGAGAAAUAUCAGCGCAAAGUAUCAACGGAAACAACACAAAAAUGGAUUCAACAAAUAUUACAAAUUCGGAUCCAUUUAAGGCUCUCUCCGACUUGUGUAAAGAACCGUUCUGGAAUACAUCGCGGGCGUGGGCGUUGUCGGAGCCCAACCUGGGGCCUUGCGUGGAGAGGACGGUGCUGGUGUGGGCGCCGUGUGUCAUGCUGUGGGCGUGCGGGCUGCCCUCCCUGCUCCGCCUCAAACGCCGACGGUAUAAUCCCAUACCUUGGUCGGCUGUUUCCUGCACCAAAGUGAUGGUGUCCGUGCUGCGCUGGCGGUGGCGGCCACGGAGCUGGCUUGGGCCGCGACAGCUGGCACGGAGGUCGCGCCGCCAGCUGACUUCAUCGCGCCCGUUGUGCUCCUGGCGACGCAGGUUCUCCACAUAUCGCUCGUGUUAAUGGGGAGGAGGAAAGGUCAUCAGAACAGCGGCAUCACCUGGAUCUACUGGCUGUUCACAGUAGUGUGCGGCCUCCCCCAACUCUACACCUCCAUCAUUGUGAUUCUUCGGAGGGAUCCCUCCCUCCCGCCCUUCCUGACGGCGACCUUCUUCGUGCAGUUCCUCUGUUCCCUCGUCCUGUUCCUCGCCAACUGCUUCAGCGACGGCCUCUCACUCACGCAGAAGUUCAACGCCACUGAAAAACCGACGCCGCGGCUGCAGGCUUCCUUCCUGAGCCGCAUCUUGUUCUUCUGGGGCGCGUCCAUCGUGUGGCUGGGCUGGCGGCGCCCGCUCACGUCCGAGGACAUCUGGGACGUCGAGCCGCAGAGCACGACGGCCUUCCUCGCCGCCCAGUGGGACGCCGCCAUCGGAAGAGAGAGGGGGACGGCGCCCACGGGAGCCAAAGAGCCAAGCAAACUCCGGCCGGCGAUGGUGCCUGUGAGCGGGAGGCAGAAGUCCGUCCUGCGCUGCCUCUUCAGGAUGACCUGCUGGCCCUUCCUCGGCUGCGGCGUCCUCUGCUUCCUGGGCGAAGGGUCGCGCUUCCUGACCCCGCAGAUCCUCAGUCUGAUCAUCAACUUCAUGACGACCCCGGAACAGCCUGCGUGGUAUGGCUACCUGUUCUCCGUUCUUCUGCUGGUGUCGUGUUCUCUCGUCACGGUGAUAAAGAACCGCUAUUUCUACGAGGUGUUCGCGAUGUCCGUCAGAGUCAGGUCGGCCAUCAUGACGGCGGUCUAUCGAAAGGCCCUGAGUCUCUCCAGCGCCGCCCGCCGCGACUCCACCGUGGGCGAGAUCGUCAACCUGAUGGCGGUGGACGCGCAGUGCGUCGGCGACACCUUCAUUCACCUGUGGGCCAUCGUGGCCUCCCCGGCGGUCAUCCUCGUGUCCUUGGUCUUCCUCUGGCAGGAGCUCGGCCCGAGUGUCCUCGCGGGGCUGGCGGUUCUCCUCCUGCUGGUCCCCGUCAACAGCUACCUGUCGAACCGGAUGAAGGCGCUGGUGUUCUCGACGCUGAAGUUCCGCGACCAGAGGGUGAAGAUGGUCAGCGAGGUCAUCAACGGAAUCAAGGUCCUGAAACUGUAUGCGUGGGAAGGGUCUUUUGCCGCCAAAGUGGAGGCGAUCAGAGCCGAAGAAAUCCGACGUCUCAAGAAGGUGGCUUGUUACAAGACCUUCAACAGCCUCGUGUUCAAUUCGGCGCCGUACUUGGUUGCGCUUUCCACCUUCGCCACCUACUUGCUGGCAUCCCCGGAGAAUGUUCUGGACGCCAAGAAGGCCUUCGUGUCCAUCUCCCUCUUCAACCUCAUGCGGAUACCUCUGAUCCAGCUCCCGACCAUCAUCUCCCAGCUGAUCCAGGCAAACGUAGCCCUUCAACGUGUUCAGAAGUUCAUCUCUGCGGAUGAUCUUGACCCAACGGCAGUGAGCAAGGACCGUGCAGAAGCUAAUGCUAUUGCGGUUCAAGGCGGCAAAUUCAGCUGGGAAGGCGAUGAGGGUCAGGCGGUGUGGCAGCUGGAAGACAUCAACAUGGAAGUUGGUCACAGGAAGCUGGUGGCAGUGGUGGGAUCCGUCGGAGCGGGCAAGAGCUCCCUCAUCUCAGCGCUCUUGGGGGAAAUGAAGAAGGAAGCAGGCAAGGUCGUGGUAAAUGGCCGCAUAGCCUACGUGUCCCAGCAAGCAUGGCUCCAGAAUGCGACCUUGAGGGACAACAUCACGUGGGGUGAACACUUCGACGCCAAAAGGUACAAUAAGGUGGUCAAGGCUUGCGCUCUCCAGCCUGACCUCGACAUGCUACCUGGAGGAGACAUGACCGAGAUCGGAGAGAAGGGCAUCAACCUCAGCGGCGGCCAGAAGCAGCGCGUGUCCUUAGCCCGAGCCGUCUACAGCGACGCCGACAUCGUGCUGCUCGACGACCCCCUCAGUGCCGUCGACGCUCACGUGGGACGCUACAUCUUCGACAACGUCAUCGGGCCUCAGGGGAUACUGCACGACAGGACUCGGCUCCUGGUGACCCACGCCGUGACCUUCCUCCCCCGCGUGGACGAAGUGGUGGUGAUGGAGGGCGGGCGAGUGGUGGAGAAGGGCAGCUACGCGGAGUUGGUGGCGAAACAGGGGGACUUCGCCAACUUCGUUCUCCAACACAUCAACGACACGACAGACAAGGAGGCUGAUGAAGAGUAUGAAGAGCUCUUUGACCAGCUGGAGCACGUGACAGGAGCUGAGCCUCUCCUUCGUCAGCUGUCGUUGAGGUCCAGCAGGACUUCUGUUAACAAUAUCGGCAGCGAGACUGACCUCCGAGCCCGCGGCCGAAGGGUCCGAAGCAUCAGCGAGACGGUGACCAGUUCGGUCGACCGCCUGCACAGCCACGAGCGGCGGGCGACCGAGCUCUCCAGCGCGUCCCUGAACCGGAAGGCGGGGCGGCAGCACGGCAACGACAACCACCACGACCACGGACGACGCCGGAACUUCGCCGACGCCGUUCUGGACAAGAAUUUCCGGAGUCGGAGCUACGCGAACGGCUUGCACGGGAGCCGGACGUCGGUUCACAGCGGGCGGAGCGGGAAGAGCGAGGUCGAGCUGGUGACCGAGCUGGAGGAGCGGAUGAGCGAGGUCGACGGGGCGGAGGGCGAGGAGGCGAAGAGGCUGGUCGAGGACGAGACGGCGGAGACAGGGAAGGUGUCGAGGAAGAUGUACCUGGUUUACGGGAAAUCCAUGGGCGUGUGCCUCGCCGUUCUGCCGAUCGUCUUCAUGUCUCUUGCGCAGGCCUGCAUCGCCGGCAGCAAUGUAUGGUUGUCGUACUGGUCCAGCGCAGGCGAAGCAUCCCCUUCUUCAGGCGCCUCUUACGUCAACACCAGUUUACAUGACCUCGACACCAGCGCUCACAGCAACACAAGCGACCUCAACACCAGUUCAUAUGACUUCACCAACGACACAGGCCUGGAUCCCGUGUCCAGUGGCUUUGUUAUAAGCAAAGACAUUUUCCUGGUUGUGUAUGGCGCUUUCGGUGUUGCGCAAGUCUCCUUCCUGUUCGCGGGGAUGCUGAUGCUGUUGCUGGGCUGCCUCCGGUCGUCGCAGGUCCUCCACCAGCGCCUCCUGGACAGCGUGGUGCGUCUGCCCAUGAGCUUCUUCGACACCAACCCCAGCGGGAGGAUCAUCAACCGCUUCAGCAAGGAAGUUAACGUCCUGGACACCACACUCCCGGACAGCACGCGGUUUAUGCUGGUGUGCGUUACUCAGGUGAUUUCUACAAUGGCAGUCAUCCUAGCGGCGACUCCGGAGGCUGGCUUCUUCAUCCUCCCCAUCGCGGUCAUCUACUACUUGAUUCAUAUCGUAUACAUCGCUUCCUCGAGACAGCUCAAGCGCAUCGAAUCCGUGUCCAAGAGCCCCAUCUAUUCCCACUUCGGCGAGACACUGCAAGAAUCCCAAAGGAAGAUUGAGUUUUCUCUAAAAGCUACUUAUGCGAACGCCGCAGUGAAUAGGUGGGUUUCAGUUAUCCUGGAGAUGAUGGGCAAUGUAAUCACCUUCGCAGCUGCAAUUGUCGGUGUUGCAGGACGGGGCCACAUCAGCUCAGGCGUCGUGGGUCUGUCUGUCACCUAUGCUAUUAGUGUCAACCUCAUCCUGAACUGGGUGGUGCGCGUGGCUUCCGAGGUCGAGGCCAACGUUGUCUCCGUGGAAAGGAUUAAUGAAUACCUCGAGAAUGAGCGCGAGGCAGACUGGACGGCGGCCGACACGCCCUCCGCCUGGCCCGACGAAGGCAGCGUCUCCUUCAGGAACUACCAGACGCGCUACAGACCCGGCCUCGACCUCGUCCUCAAGGGCAUCACGUGCUCCUUCAGACCGGCCGAAAAAGUAGGGAUCGUGGGCCGGACGGGAGCCGGCAAGUCCUCCCUCACUCUGGGGCUGUUCCGGCUGAUCGAGGCGGCGGCAGGGGAAAUCGCCAUCGACAAGGUCAAUAUCGCUGACGUUGGCUUGCAUGACCUGAGGGGAAGGGUCAGCAUCAUUCCGCAGGACCCGGUUCUCUUCAGCGGAACCCUGCGCCUCAACCUCGACCCGCUGGACCGCUGUUCCGACGCCGAGGUGUGGCGCGCCCUCGAACUCGCUCACCUCGCCUCCUACGUCCGCACUCAGCCCGCCGGCCUCCUGCACCCGGUGGACGAGGAGGGCGCCAACUUCAGCGUCGGCCAGAGGCAGCUGGUGUGCCUGGCCCGCGCCCUCCUGAGGAACUCCCGCAUUCUGGUCCUGGACGAGGCCACGGCCGCCAUCGACCUGGAGACGGAUGACCUGAUCCAGGCCACCAUCAGGUCGCAGUUCGCGCACUGCACCGUGCUCACCAUCGCGCAUCGCCUCAACACCAUCAUGGAUAGUGACAGGGUGUUAGUCUUGCACCAGGGCAGCGUCGCCGAAUUCGACACGCCAGCCCGCCUUCUGGCCGACCCGCACUCCGUUUUCUAUGGGAUGGCCAAGGACGCCGGACUAGUGUAGAAUUGCUCUUGAGAAUUGAAUAAAUAAUUUGUUAGUAACUGUU